AUGGUGGUCGCCGAUGGUGAUGGCGGUGGUGUCAGACGAAGGGUUGAAGCGGCAUUAGCUGCAUUGGUGAAUCAAAUCAAUACGAUGAAUCAGUCAAAUGUAAACAAAGCUCAGACAAAUCCAACUUUAGACCCGGUAAGUCCUUAUUUUUUACAUCCUGGAAAAAAUCCAAGAUCAGCGAUAGUUACAGUUACCUUGGUAGGAAAUAAUUUUCAAAAAUGGGAAAGAGAUAUGUGGAAAGCGUUGAAAUCCAAGAACAAGAUAAAAUUUGUUGAUGGCUCAAUCCAACGGCCACCAGAGGAUGAUGUGUUGUUUGAAGCGUGUGACCGUUGUAAUACACACAUUGUUUCUUGGAUUAAUCAUUCUUUAAGCCCUGAAAUUGCUCAAAGCGUCAUGUGGAUAAACUCAGCUGAGGAAUUGUGGAAAGAAUUAAGGUACAGAUACAGUAAUGGUGAUGUGUAUAGGAUAGCAGAAUUAGAGGAAGAAUUGUUUGCAACUAAGUAA